GUCUGAUCGUCUGGUACGUACCCAUAACCCAGCCCGCCAGACUGUUCCUGCACGCACGGCUGUGGGCGGGCGGCCCAAGCGCCCGUCCGUCCCCAUCCAGCCCGCCGCCGCCGCCGCGCCCGACCGACCGACACAACACAAUGCAAGCCGCAGCCCACCCCCUUUGGCGACUGCCCACGUUUCCCGAAGCACAGGCUAUCAGCCUUCGUUUCCCGACUCAGAAUCCACCAUGUCUAGACCCUCUGAAAAAAUAGGGGCCCCUACGCUAUGGUCGACUUUUUUUCCCGACCACCAUUGCUUACGAGACAAGGCACUCGUGCCCACAAAAAGGACAGAGCCUGUCACUUUAUAAGCUCCUGGACGCCGCCUCCUCGUACUCUGCUCAUCCGUCCCUUUUUCCUCCCGUCAUCCCUUGAGCUUUUUUCACACAUACACACAUAGCACACAAUGCCUCCCCAAGUCCCCAGGAACCUGCUCCGAGCAGCCCGCGCCCGCGCUGUCUUCCAGUCCACCAGGCCCUGCCACCGCGCCACGCCUGUCCGCUUCCAGAGCACUGAGGCUGUCCGUCAGACGCCCUCGGAGGGCAAGCCCAUCUACAACGCUCCUCCCAGGGAAUUCACCCACCGCAAGGAGGAGAAGAUCCCCGCCCCUGUCUCGACCCAAUCUCGCCGCGUCGCGGCCACCCCCGUUAAACUUAACACUAAAAACCUUGCUCGGCUGCAAAAUGUCUCUGUGCCCACCUACCAACGACAGGGGGUCAAGCAGGGCAUUGUCCACGUCGGCGUGGGAGGUUUCCACCGCGCCCAUCUUGCUGCUUACGUCGACACCCUUCUCGAGCAAUUCAAUGUCCAGGAUUGGUCCAUCUGCGGUGUUGACCUGCAGCCCUUUGCUGCCCCCAUGCGCGAUGCCCUGAAGCCCCAGGACAAUCUCUACACCAUCAUUGAGCGCGCCGCCGAGGGCAGCAGCGCCCGCGUCGUGGGUAGCAUCACGGACUAUCUCUUUGCUCCUGACAACUCCGAGGCCGUCAUUGCCAAGAUGGCCCACCCCGACACGCACAUUGUCUCCAUGACUGUCACCGAGAGCGGUUACUACAUGAACGAGAACACACACGAGCUCCAGACCGACCACCCCGACGUUGCCGCCGACCUGGCUGGUGGACAGCCCCCACGCACCGUCUUUGGUUACCUCUACGCCGCCAUGGCUCGCCGCCACGCAGCUGGUCUGCGACCCUUUACCGUUCUGUCCUGCGACAACAUGCAGAAGAACGGUGACAUUAGCCGUGACAUGCUUGUGUCUUUCGCCCGCCACUUCAACCCAGAGGUCGCCGACUGGAUCGCCAGCAACGGUGCUUUCCCCAACUCCAUGGUCGACCGCAUCACUCCCCGCACCAACGAAGAGGACAAGGCCAACCUUGCCCAGAACUUUGGUGUCGAGGAUGCCUGGCCAGUCGUCACCGAGCCCUUCCACCAGUGGGUGCUCGAGGACAAGUUUGUUGACGGCCGCCCUCCCUUUGAGAAGGCCGGUGUUCAGAUUGUCCCCAACGUCCACCAGGUCGAGGAGUACGAGAUGAUCAAGCUCCGUCUGCUCAACGGAUCCCACUCCGCCAUGGGCUACGCUGGUCAGCUCGCCGGCUUCAACUACAUCCACGAAGUCAUUGGCCACCCCGUCUACCGACAGUUUGUCGUCAACAUGAUGCACCAGGAGGUCAAGCCUCUCCUUCCCCAGAUCCCCGGUGUCAGCGUCGACGACUACUGCAACACGCUCCUUGGCCGCUUCUCCAACCCCACCCUCAAGGACGAGCUUCCCCGUAUCUGCCUUGGCGGCAGUGGCAAGAUCCCCCAGUUCAUCAUGCCCAGCAUUGCCGAGCAGAUUGUAGCUGGUGGUCCUCUCCGCCGCCUUACUCUUGUUGCCGCCGCCUGGUUCCGCUACAACAAGGGUGUUGAUGAUGCCGGCAAGGCCUUCAAGGUCGACGACCCCAUGGUCGAGGAGCUCCAGGCCCACGCCGCCAAGGACCCCAUUUCCCAGCUCAACAUCAAGAGCCUCUUUGGUGAUGACCUCCGCAGUGACCAGCGAUUCGUCGCUGAGCUCAAGACUGCUCUUGAGGGUCUCGAGAAGCACGGCGCCAUGGCCAUGAUUGAAAAGUAUGCUUAAAAGGAUUCAUGAAGGUUAAAACACACAAAGAGAAGAGAUACCCAGGGGUGUGACGACUUUUUUUGCUACAUUGCUUCGUUUUGAUUCCCACACAGCUAGCAAGAGUCUCACCACAGUUUUUUUCUUUUUCCCACAUUUUUUCGGAUAGUGCGAUGGUUUUGUAUACGCACUUGGGGCAUUGAGCGAUUGGGCAUUUACUUUUUGGGAGGCAUCUGGCACAGACACCCACCCACACACACACAUACAGCGUUUACAUGAUUGUUUUAGAGGAAGUGUUCCUCUUUCUUUUUCUUCUUUCGUCUCUGUCGUUGAAUUUUCCGAUUUUCACCAUAAGGGAAAGAGGGCGUUGUUGUUUUAUACACAAAAAAGAAGAUGGUUGUCAUUUCUUAUUUUUAGCAAGCAAAGCAAGCGAGUCCCUGUUUU